AUGCUGUAUAAGGUUUAUAUAAUAAUAAUUCCACCUUAUUUAAUAGAUUUCUUAAAUAUAUAUACUAGGGUCUCAUUACAAACAACUUUUAAAUUAAUUUAAGGUAGAUUAUUUAUUAGAAAAAUUAAAUGGAAGAAAAUAAUUAAAUCAAACUGGUAAUUAAUCACAGCAAGACCCAAAAAUUAUUUUAAAGUAACUUUAUUUAUUCAAUGUAAAAAGUUGGUAUUUUUCUGUCUUUGCAUCGAUAUUAACUAAUGCACUUUAUUGUUUAUUAAUGAGUUCAAGUAUAUUUAGAUUUGUUUUUAAACUCUUUAAUAACUUAAAAUACUAAAACUUUUUCAUAUAUUUUAGUUAAAAGUUUUAAAAAUUAUGCUUAUAUUCAACAAUUGA